UUGACGAUCAGUCGCGUUGUAGACGCCGCGUUUGAAUGACGUCUAUUCUAAUAUUCGUAAUGUAUACGUCAAAAAUGUUUACGCGCACGGCGAACUUAAUUUUAAUACAAUAAGAAAAGUUAAAAAACUGUACUUUAAUUAUUUUAUUAUAACUAUAAUUGUGUUUAUAUGAACUUUGUGUACUGUUUCAACUAUGGACAACAAAAUUCCAGCAAGUUCGUCCUCGCCGCCAAAACCCCAAGUGAAAAAGGAGAAUGAAGAAGAAAUCAAGGAGUUUGCGGAGACCGCCAUGAAUGAGUUGCUGGGCUGGUAUGGAUACGAGAGACUGGAGCUUCGAAGGUGGGCAGCUUCUAGGGCUCGGGACGCGGCCAGUCCUGAGCAGGCCAGUGAUCAGAAAAAUAAAGAUGAAUGUUCGUGGUGUAAUAAGAACAUAACAAGCGAAAGUGGCGCCCUCCAGCAGGCGGGCGCGACGUUUUGCUCCGAGUUGUGCUUCAGUCAGUCGCGGCGUGCCAACUUCAAGAGGGCGAAGACGUGUGACUGGUGUAGACACGUGCGGCAUACCGUCGCUUAUGUUGAUUUUCAGGAUGGCGCAACACAACUUCAGUUUUGUUCAGACAAAUGCCUCAAUCAGUACAAGAUGCAUAUAUUCUGCCGAGAAACCCAGGCGCAUCUUGAGCUCAAUCCUCAUUUGGUGAACGCCUCGUCUUCAUCAAACCUAAUCACACCUGAACUUUGGUUGAAAAACUGUCGAAGUCGCUCAGCUUCACCCAUAUCCGAAAAGUCCACUUCGCCGGUCCCUGAUAAUUCAUCGAUUAAACAGACUAAUUCAGAAAAGGCAGAAACACAAAAGGUACAGAAUAGAAAAUCGCCCCUACCGCUAAUUACAGUAGCUCCAACAGCGAAACUGAUGAAACCGAAGCUACCGUCUGAAGAACGAACACUAAUUCAGAAGUCGCCCGAAUCUAAAAAAGAAACAAGGAGCAACAAAAUGAAUCUGCGAAAACGGAGAACAUCAAAGUGUUCUGCAACAGUUACGUCACAAACAGUUAAGCGCACAUCGACGCCGAAAGCACAAGAUCUCCGCAUAUGCAGUCCUUCUAUAGAGGGAUCUUCCCCUGCCUCGACUACAGGGAACAGUGCUAUACAUUCACCCACUCAUCCCGUUAACUCGCACCCUGUACCACCACCACAUUUCCAAAAUCCAAUAUUCGGAAUGCCACCACCUGUUUUCAUGGAUUCAUUGCCAAAUGAACAUAGACAUCCUAGCAUGUUCCCACCAAGAUUAAAUUUUUUGCCUCGACCAGGUAUACCAAUGCAUGAAAGACCUAGAAUCCCUCCGCCAUUAAAUUUUCCACCACCUUUGGGGCAAGUUCCACCUGUGACUGUAUUAGUACCUUAUCCAGUUGUAUUGCCAAUACCACUUCCUAUACCUAUUCCGAUACCAAUAACUUCAUUUAUACAAGCACAUUGUGCUAAUAAAAUUAAAACAGAAGUAAAAAGUGACGAUACCGAAGGACCUUUAGAUUUUACAAUGAACAGUGAUAAAAGAAAGGAUGAAGACAAUGUAAAUAGUAGUGAAAAUAAUCCAGGGAUAUUAGAUGAUAAAAUUGUAUAUUCUGAAACAAAUAAUGAAAACGAGCGAAUAGAAGACGAGGAUAGAACGGAGACUGAAACUUCAGAUACGAGGAAUCCUGAACAAACAUUACCAAAAUUCAAAAUAACAAGAUUAGGUAAUAAAAUGGCGAAAAUUGUUGCUAAACCUAGGGAACCGUCUGAAUCUAAUAGACCUUUGAGGAAAAGGCGGAGAUUGGUAGAAGUGUCUACCGAGGACGAUGUUCUUAUUCCGAAAACGCGAAAAAUUGUUCAAGUUUGAAUAUGAUAUAGAAAUAAUAGUUUAGUCAUUUAUAUCUGAUAAUAUACUCAGUAUACAUAUCACAAAGCAUGGUAACCCGAACCGAGUUCAAUAUUCAAUGAAAUUGCUAGUCCUAGAUUUAAGUUAAUAUUGAAAUUGUAUAUUGUACAUAUACAAAUAUACUAACUUUUGAAGACGAAAUUAAAUGUUUAAAACAUGCUGCUUCUGUUGAAUUGCUUCUUGCCAGGGUCUCUUGUUUAGAUAAAGGGUUUCUAGGGCGGAAGGUAAUAGAAGAUGCACACUCUAAGUAAUACUGCAUAAUGUAUUUACAGUGGAUGAGUUACACCAGUUCAAUUCGGUAGCAAAUCAGUCGCUUUGCGAAAUCAGGUUUUUUUUUAAAACCAUAACAAAUAUUCUUAUGUAAAACAAAAUUUGUCUAAGAUUCAUGUUAAAUAUUAGAAUUAAAUUUUUUUUUUUUCGAAAAUGCUUGGAAAGUUAGUGAUUUGUUACUGUAUAUCUUAAUGGAUAAAUAAUACCAAGAUGGUAAUAAAAUUCAUAAUAAUGAACAAUUUUUAGUAAGGAGCAUAAUCGAACAAAGUCUCAAAGUAAUUUUUGAGCUUUUCCUAAAAAAUCAGGAGUCAUGUUAUCGAUUUGUUAUGAAAGGGUCAAAAUUUGUUCAUUAUGUUUUAGGAUUGUAUUCUGUUUUGUGGAUACUAUUAUUGGGUUUCUUGGUAUAUCCAUUAUGUCUGAAUAUGUAUAAAAAUUAGGAAGCACUGUAAAUGUGAUAUUAGUAACUUAUUAAAUUUCACUGUAUGUCUUAUAAUAAAAAUAAUAACUAAGUUUA